GUUUUUUCAAAUUUGAAUCAGGCUACAGGCUUGGGAGCAUAUGACAGAUGAUGUUCCUGAAUAUUAUCGUUGCAUGAGGCCACAGCACCUACAUUCACGUAUUUUUAGACCUCAUAUUUCCUUAUGACUUUGGUGGCAAAGCAACAUACUGUCUUUCUAUUUCGUUGUAUAUCGUGCAGAAGUAAUCAAAGCAUUUGUUAUGAUACCACAAAGCUCUCGCAAGCCGCCAGUGAGGCAAUUUCCUGAUCAACUAGCCCAACGGCCUAAAGUCAGUGGAGUGAAACGGUCCAGAUCAGGCCUGUCGCUAUCUCCUCCUGAAAAUCAACGUAAAGGGCCUGAAUGUCACUCGGCUACAUCGCUUUCAAGAAGCGAUGGUCUCCCAAACAACAGCAACGAUGAAAUCACUGGCACAAACGAAAAGCAGCGAUCUCGAGAGAAUAAACUUUCUUGCAUCCAGUUAUCUCCGGCGCAGCAAAUGAAGAUGGAGCAACUUUUGAGAGAGAGGUUCAGCCGUUGGAUUGAUGAGAUAAAAUACACUGCGCCACCAGAGGACAGAUUGCCUCCCCGAAAACGCUUUAAAAUAUCGCAAUGGCGCUCGGGUCUUCCGAGGACUGAAGAAGAGGAUGAAAGCGAGGGUGACUUCGUCGUGAUCUCCUACCCAGCAUGCAGAAGAGGCUUCUUUCAUCUUGCUUGCCCGUUCUAUCUCCACUCGCCCGACAAACACCAGAAAUGUCUCAUCCAACACGAUUUGGGCUCUAUUGAGACGUUGAUAAAGCAUCUUAUUCAACAUCACGAUAAGCCUCUGUACUGUAGUACGUGCCAGAAAGCCUUCGAAACGUUGAUUGAUCGAGAUAACCACGUGUUGGAGAAUGCAUGCAAGAGAAACAAUCAGAAGCCACUGAAUGGACUCACUGAAAGUCAAAAAGCCAAACUGAUCAAGAGGGAUCGGUACUAUUUAGGAGAAUCAAGUCGUUGGCGCCGUAUUUGGUCAACAGUCUUGCCCAGCACAGAGCAGCCUCGAUCUCCAUACCUCGAUCGGGGCGAGGGACUGAAAGUUUCUAUGAUAAGGGACUUUUGGGCUGUAGAUGGCCAGAAAUUCAUCUUUGACUUCGUCAAGGGCCUGGAGAUUCAUGCGGAUGAGAAGAGCGCAACUUACCAUAUGAUCUGCCAAAAGGCACUCGAUGGUCUGGUGAAUUGGGUAAUCAAACAGGAUAGCAACUCAAAUACUCUAUCUUUUGAUAGAUGAAUCUGAAUGGGAGAAUGGGGGAGGGUCGUCUAGGUUCGGGAGUUGAUCACUGAACCAGUUCUUGUUGAAACUCGGUUUGCAUAGUCUUUCUUGCCUGGCCUUUCUAUAUGUCGGUGUUUGUAGCUGGAGUAUGUGGCUCGUUCAGGUCUUUAUUUUUCAAUGUCACAAUUGCGUGAACCUUCAA